AUGGCCACCCGUCGUAUCGUCGGUUCCGAAAGGACCAUACUCGAAAAGGAUGAUGUCGACCAGAAAUCCAACAUAGCUCCCGCCGUUCCCAAGGACGUCAUCUUUAAACUCUUGGCUUUCACAAUGGCCAUGAUUUUCAUUCCCAUCGGGUCAUAUUUCCUGACUGUCAACACGAUAUUUAAGGGCAACGCAAGUUACGCAGGCGGUCUGGCCGCUAUCCUCGCCAACGUCGUCCUGGUGGGAUACAUCAUCGUGGCCAUGAAUGAGGAUCAGGCUGAGCUUGACAAAGACAGGAAGAAGGAUGAAACCAAGAAAGAGAGGUAG